AUGGCAGACAAACCCCAAAUCAGGCGGCGGUAUGAUGCACAGGGGGGGGGGCUGCAGCCCCGCCGCGGCGUUGCUGCUGCAGCAGCAGAUCCGCAGCAGCAGCAGCAGCUGCUGCAGCAGCAGCAGCUGCAGCAGCAGCAGCUGCAGCAGCAGCUGCUGCAACAGCAGCAACCCUUAGAGCAGCAGCGACAGCAGAUGCCGCCUCCAAUGCAGCAGCAGAGUGCUGCUGCUGUUUCUGGCCCUUACAGCACCCAGCAGCAGCAGCAGCAGCAGCAGCAGCAGCAGCAGCAGCCAUAUGGGAGUGUGCCCGCAGCAGAGGCGAAGCAGCAUGCAGUGUAUCCUCCUGAGCAGCAGAUCUAUGGCCGCCCGCAGCAGCAGCAGCUGCCGCAGCAGCAGCAGCAGCAGCAGCAGCAGAUGGCUUCACCGCCGCAGCCGCAGCAGCAGCCUUUCAGGCAGCAGCAGCAGCCGUACGGGUGGGGCCCCGCAGGUACCCAGGGGCCCCCCAGCGGGGCCCCUGGGUACCUACAGGGGCCCCCCCCAGCGUCUAGCUACCAGCAGUACCAGCAGCAGCAGCAGUAUCAGCAGCAGCAGCAGCAACCCAGGUCUCCUUACGGGCAGCAGCAGCAGCAGCCGCAGCAGCAGCAGCAGCAGCAACCGAGGUCUCCGUACGGGCAGCAGCCGCAGCAGACGUAUGUGCAGCAGACGCCGUUUCAGCAGCAGCAGCAACGGCAGCAGCAGCAGCAGCAAGACUACAUGGGGAGAGCAGCAGAGGGGAACAGGGGGCCCCUAGGGUACCAGGGUACAGCAGUGAGGCCCCCAAGGGGGCCCCCAGACGCUGCUGAGGCGGGGCAGGACCCUCACUACUUCUCUGCUGGCGGCGCGGGAUACGCCCAGCAGCAAGAUGUUUAUAUGGGGGGGGGCCCCCAGGGCCCCACCAACCCGUACCCACGGGGGCCCCUUGAAGGAGCAGUGGGGGCCCCCAUGGGGGACUCUGCGUCUGCUCAGGGUUUCAUAAAGGGGCAGCUGGGGGGGCCCCUGGGGGCCCCCAUGGGGGGCACCAUGGGGGGCCCCAUGGGGGGCCCCUUGGGGGCCCCCAGCGGCGUGAUGGGGGGGGAGGGGCAGCAGCAGCAGCAGCAGACCAACAGAAUGAAUCAGAUGACCCGUUUGAAAACGAACCGCCAUUGCUUGAAGGUGAGCAGCCGCGAUGAGUGUCUGCAGCCUGGAGGUUUAGGGUUUAGGGUUUAG